AUGAAUCCAAUGAACGAUCAAUGGAAUGGCCUGGCAGGUCGACCGCCAGGUCCUUCUGAAGGACGAGGUGGUUGGAUGGCCGCCGAACAACCCAACGGGUUCGGGUUUUUUCCACAAAAUGCCUUUCCACCCGCCCAGCCGUUCUACCCUGCGCCGCAACCCCACUAUCAAAUGCCGUAUACAGGCUAUCAUCUGCCGCAACCCCACCUUCAGACGCCGUAUUCAGGCCAUUGCCCGCCACAGCCACCAAUGCUGUAUCCAGGCUAUCAUCUGCCGCAACCCCACCUUCAGACGCCGUAUUCAGGCCAUUGCCCGCCACAGCCACCAAUGCUGUAUCCAGGCUAUCAUCUGCCGCAACCCCACCUUCAGAUGCUGUAUCCGAGCUAUGGUCAACCACAACCUCAGCCUCAGCCUCAGCCUCAGCACUACCCUCCGUCGCAACCGCUAGCACAACCUCAGCCUCAGCCUCAGCACUACCCUCCGUCGCAACCGCUAGCACAACCUCAGCCUCAGCCUCAGCACUAUCAUCCAUCGCAACCGCAACCACAGCCUCAGCCUCAGCACUACCCUCCGUCGCAACCGCUAGCAGAACCUCAGCCUCAGCUUCAGCACUACCCUCCGUCGCAACCGCUAGCACAACCUCAGCCUCAGCCUCAGCACUACCCUCCAUCGCACUGUCAGAUGCCGCAUCCCCUCGACAAGCUUAAGGACGCAUAUGAACGGCUCGAUCACACUGAGCUCGUACGGGUCUUGAUGGACUCCCCAAAUCACCUGCUUUUGCUGCGGUUUCUGGAGGAUGUUUUCCGCGAUGCCACUGCCACUGCCACUACUUUGUCCUUUGCUCAACAGCAUGAACUGUUCUUUGUGUGGGUGGUGAUCCAUAAGAAUCUGGCAAGUCACUUCCCUGGUCUCCCUACUUAA